AUGGGAGGUGGUAAUAGGCAGAACAAGUCUUCACCAGGUUUCUUCUCUAUUUUCGCAUGCUUCACAUCUAAGAAUAAGCAUGGAGCAGGUUACUAUGAUUACGAUACUGGGCGCCGAACAUGGCCUAGCGAUGAAGACAAAGGUAACUGGGGUGUUGCUGAGCCAAAUAUUAAUAGGAAAGCCGAAGAUUUCAUCCGCAAAUACAAGAAUCGCGUUUCAGAAUCCGAACGCUAUGAAGUUGAUCCUGCUGCCUAG